AUGGCACCUUCAAGAGUGAUUUCCCUUCUCUGUCUCCUUGGCAUGCUCAUGGUCUACACCAACGCCCAACCCCAAGUUUUCUGCAUGAAUAAUAAUGGCAAUUACAAAGAAAACAUGUACAGGACCAACCGCGAAAUCGUCUUGUCAACUUUAACAUCUUUCGGCAAACGAAUUAGUGAUGGCUUCUACAAAUUCGCUAAGGGCCACGACUGCGAGAAAGUUCAUGCAAUUGGGAUGUGUAGAGGAGAUGUUAAGACAGACGCAUGCCACAGAAAGAGCAACUCAACGCGAAUUGCUGUUGCAGUAGUAGUGCCAAUCGUAGCUAUACUGAUCAUCACUACGUACAUCCUCUUAAGACAAAGGAACAAAAGGAGACGUAUUGAUGAUACUAUUGAUGAUACUAUUACUGAUACUAAUAAUGACAAUGAAAUUGAACCUUCUGAUACAAUGCAAUUCAACUUUGAGACCAUAAGAAAUGCUACAAAUAACUUUUCCGACUCAAAUAUGCUAGGAGAAGGAGGAUUUGGACCUGUUUACAAGGGUAUACUUUCGAAUGGAGUAGAAGUUGCUGUCAAAAGAUUGUCAAUAAAUUCAGGACAAGGAGAUACAGAAUUCAAGAACGAGGUGCAGUUGGUGGCCAAGCUACAGCACAGAAAUUUAGUCAGGCUACUUGGUUUCAGUUUGCACAGAGAAGAGAAGUUACUGGUUUAUGAGUUUGUUCCCAAUAAAAGCCUUGACUACUUUAUUUUUGAUCCAAUUAAGCGUGCAAGUUUAGAUUGGGAAAGGCGGUAUAAAAUCAUAGGAGGCAUUGCCAAAGGCCUUCUUUACCUUCAUGAGGAUUCAAGACUGCGUAUUGUUCAUCGUGAUCUCAAAGCAGGUAACAUUCUCUUAGGUGCAGAGAUGAAUCCUAAGAUAGCAGAUUUUGGAAUGGCACGCUUGUUUGCUGUGGAUGAAUGUCAAGGAAACACAAGUAGAAUUGUUGGAACUUAUGGUUACAUGGCACCUGAGUAUGUAAUGGAAGGACUAUUCUCACUGAAGUCUGAUGUUUUUAGCUUUGGUAUACUGGUUCUGGAGAUUGUAAGUGGCCAGAAAAAUGGUGGCUACCAAAACAGAGAGUAUCUAAUAAGUCUGGCCUGGAAAAACUGGAAGGAGGGAACACCAAUGAAAAUCAUGGACCCUGCAUUGAAUGAAGGCUCUAGAAAUGAAAUAAUGAGAUGCAUCCACGUUGCUUUACUCUGUGUUCAGGGAAACUUAGCUGACAGACCAACCAUGGCUUCUAUUGUGAUGAUGCUCAGCAGUAACUAUAUCACCCUCCCAGUACCUGCAGAGCCAUCAUUCUUAGUUAGUACUAAAGGUUCUCAAGAUACGCUGUCAUGGGAAAGUGGUUCAUGGAGUGUAAAACCCAGAUAG